UCUAACUGAGGUAGGUCCCCACGGCCCUGGUGAAAAUGUUAUCUGUGUCAGUGCACCCUGUGUGCGUGGAAAGGACUGUCGUGGACAGGAAGAAGAAAUUAAGAAAGCAAACAUUACACGUUAAUAACCAGUGGAAAAAGGGGGGAGGCAUCAGGCAUAAAUAUCUGAGAGUGAAGCGGGCAUUGCAGUGCAGAGCAGUGCGCAGUGGGGAGAUUAGGGGACGGAGUGCCAAAGACAAGGAACAGCAAAGUUUGACAGGCAUGUGGGCGAAGCAGACGGGACUGGAGGUGCUUGUGGCAGCAGUUUGCAUGCUGAGCACUGCUGUGGCCUCAGCCUCCGUCCACAGCAGCGGAGAAUGUUACUUCAACACUAAAGCAAGCUGUGAGUAUCGGGGCCAGGUGUUUAGGAUGGGCGAGAGCUGGACCAACAUGGAGUGCUACCUCUGCAUCUGCAUGGAGCCAUUCGGAGUGGGCUGCUGUGACCAGGACGCACAGCCGGUUGAUUACCCGGACUGGUGUGAAGUGGUGCAGAAGCCAGAUUCGUGCACCACUUCUGUUGUGAUGCGGGCGAAUCACAAGCUGCCAUGUCUGCAUGGACGGAGAGGACGACUGCGGCCAGGGACCGGACAGGCCUGGAAAUCUGACAAUGACCCUCUGUUCUGAAAACGAGGGUUACGGUUUAAAUUUGUUUAUAAACACAUGUAUUAAACAAAUUAGACCGCAACAACCUAAUUACAAGAAACUACAUUAAAAUACUUAUAUAGAGAAAAAAAGAUAUAAAAAUUCACAAUACAAUAAUAUGCAUGGAAUCUUUGUGAAAGCUGUGGUCAAUGCAUGAAAUAUUUGUUUUACAAUAUGUUAUCUAUUUUUACAAUAUCUUGAAAAUGUUCAGUUAUUUUCCGUUUGUACUUUCCGGUACUAAGUGUAAUUUCUCAUGGGAAAUUUUCAAAUAACUGAAUAAACAUGGCUUAUAGAAAACAAAUGGAUAAGUUCUCUAUGUAAGGAAAAAUACAUAUUUCAC